CUUGGGAACAGAGACGAGGUUUGGGAAGGUUGCGAAGCUAAGGCAUGGCCUCACGCUACCGACCCUAGCAACAAGCUACAGCUCGCCAGCAGAAGUCUAAGAAGAAGAAGAAGAGGAGGAGGAUGACAAUUAGGGUUUUGAACCUACUAUUCUGUAGAAAAAUGGGACUGGAGGUUGCAAAGGGGGCAAAAGUUGGGGUUUUGGAGUGUGACUAAGAAGACGGGGAAGAAGAAGCUAGGUUUUGGCCUUACAUUUCUAUGGAGACAUGGUCUGGUUAGGUAGAAAGCCGGAGCUUUUAAUUUGGGGGAAAAGAUUAGGGUUUUGAUUUUCUGUUAUGGGGACGCGAAUUCCAGUUCCGCAUUACAAUGUGCGGUCUUCAGACUCGUUUAUAGCGGGUUCGUUGCAUGAUCUCAACACAGUGGAUGCGAGGCCUGGCGAAAUCGAAGGGAUUAGCGAUGUUGAUAGAGAUGCAGUUACAGGAGAUACAUUGGAGAAUGAAGAUGAUUCAAAUUCAGCUGAUUGUAUACAUGAUUCAUAUAGGAGUUCGUUGCCAUUGCAUGGCGUUGGUGGAGUGCAAGAUGAUCAGGCUCCCCUUGAAAGUAGUGAAUCCUCAAGGCCACCCUAUGAUAUAUUCUCACUCGAAGAUAUUUUGCCAAUUGAAACAGCAAGAGCAAGGUUUUUGCAAUUUAUUGCGGAUCAUUUUCUUCAAGAACAUGUGAUUGAGGUUCCAGAUUGCUCAAAUGUAGAUUACACUACCCAAUCUGGACAAGAUAAUAUUAACAAGAGAAAAUCAAGGGGAACCCAGUAUGAAGGGGACCCGAGGUUUGUCUUACCCUUGAUGUAUGUGGCUAACUUAUACGAGACAUUAGUGAAUGAUGUGAAUUUGAGGCUUGCUUCUGUGAAUGGAGUUCGUGAGAAGACCAUGGGUGUAGCUCUUGAAGCAGCUGGUGGAUUGUACAGAAGGCUUGCAAAAAAGUUUCCUAAAAAAGGACCUUACACAUUUAGGAGACGGGAAUUAGCUACAUCUGUUGAGACAAGAUCACGAUUCCCAGAGUUAGUGAUACAAGAAGAGAAACGUGUUCGUUUUGUGGUCGUUAAUGGUUUGGAGAUUGUAGAGAAACCGAAUAACAUCCUUCCUGAGGAUGCUGAUUGGUUCAGACGCAUGACUGGCCGGCAUGAAGUGGCUAUCUCAGCUAGAGACUACAAAUUUUAUUCACCCAGGCAUAAAUACAGACGCCUCUCCCAGCAUUCUGUUUCUAAUAUUCCAGGGCUUUCAGCAUUCCCCAGUGCAGAGGGUUCUUUAGCGCUCGUUACAGUUACAGGGGCACGAAAUCCUGUCAAUGAACCACAAAGCCAGCAGCAGUCUCCAGUCAAACAUUUGCCAAUAUUAUCACCACAAUCCCAGCUUCAUCAGCCAAUGCAUCAAAGCCAACACACGAGUCACUUGUCUCAUUUGGGCCAUACGCAUCAAUGUUGUACAAAUUCUUCUCAUUCAUCAGAGACCUCCCAUGCUCAUCACUCUCCAACCACCAUGCCACAGCAUAUGUGUUGCAUACAACCCCACUCUGGAUCACGUUUGAAUGUUCUUCCAACAAGUCCUGCCAAGUUCUGUGAUGAAUGUGGGGCAAUGUAUUUGAGAGAGACCUCCAAGUUUUGCUCAGAAUGUGGAGUUAAGAGGCUAGGCACUUGACCCAUGCCUAUUUAUUAUUGCUCGAAUUUUGAAAAUACUGAGAAGCCAUGCUUUUCUAUGAUCCCCUUGAGCUUUGUGGGCACAAAUAAACAAAAGAUGCUCAAGUUCUUUGUGAUCGUGUAUGCCUUGGGGUUACAAGUAAUGUAAAAAUUCGUGUAAAAUCUUACGUAUUGUCAUAUACACUGUGCAUAAGAAAUCUGUAGUUUCAUAAA